CGGAGCUCGCGCUUCUCGCAGUCAGGGGAAUCCUACCUUAGCUGGACUGGAGAUAGAGAGAAGAGUCACAUCUCUUACUGGAGCCCCGAAUGUGUUUGUACCAAGUUUUUCUUUUCUUCUUCUCUUCUUUUUUUUCCUCUAGAGGAAUAAAGUGCUCUGAUGGUCUCAACUGUUUCCACCAGCGCCGGUUUUCAUGUGUUCAACAGUGAGGUAGACUAAUUCGGUGACGUUUUACAGUGUGGGCUUGCGAUUUAUCUCGUGGAUGCGGCGCUCGGGGUCGAUGUCUGAGCCCUGCAGGAUCAGCCCGUCAUAGGGCAUCAUGAUUUCUCUGGUUCUUCAAAAGUUGAUGAGGAAUAUUUCCCCUGAGAUGCUGCUGUUGGUGCCGAUGUUGUGUUUUCUACCCCUGACUGGAGGGGCUCCUUCUCUGACUCCCGAGCAGCUGGACAUGGGGGUGGACUGGCUGAGUAAGUUUGGCUACCUCCCACCCCCUGACCCAGUGACUGGACAGCUUCAGACUAAGGAGGCUUUGACCAAGGCCAUCAAAGCCAUGCAGAAAUUUGGAGGACUAAAGGAGACCGGAGUCUUAGACCAAGCCACUCUAGGUCUAAUGAAAACACCCAGAUGCUCUCUGCCAGAUGUAUCUGACGCCGAGGUAACGACAGGCCGCAGGAAACGAAGCGUGAACCCGCAGAACAAAUGGAAUAAGAGGCAUCUGUCCUGGAGAGUGAGAACCUUCCCUAAAGAUUCGGCCCAACUGGGCAGAGACACCGUCCGAGCCCUCAUGUACUACGCCUUGAAGGUCUGGAGCGACAUCGCACCGCUAAACUUCCACGAGGUGGCUGGCAGUGACGCUGACAUUCAGAUUGACUUCACUAAAGCUGACCACAACGAUGGAUACCCCUUUGAUGGGCCAGGGGGAACCGUGGCGCAUGCGUUUUUCCCCGGGGAGAGGUUCACCGCUGGAGAUACACACUUUGAUGAUGAUGAGGCCUGGACCUUCAGAUCACCAGAGUCUCACGGGAUGGAUCUCUUUGCGGUUGCAGUCCACGAGUUUGGUCAUGCCAUCGGUCUGGUCCACACCUCAGCCAUGGAGUCCAUCAUGAGACCGUACUACCAGGGUCCUGUGGGAGACCCUCUGAAAUAUGAUCUACCUUACGAGGACAAAGUCCGUGUCUGGCAGCUUUACGGCGUCAGAGACUCAGUGUCCCACACCAAUAGGCCUGGCAGUCCCUCUCAGACACCUGAACCUCCUGUCCUGCUGGACCUCCCUGAAAACAGAUCCACCCUGCUGCUAGCGCAAGAUGCCCCAGACAGAUGCACCAGUCACUUUGAUGCCGUGGCCCAAAUACGAGGAGAGGCCUUCUUUUUUAAAGGGAAAUAUUUUUGGAGACUAACGCGUGAGAAACACCUGGUGUCUCUUCGUCCAGCUCAAAUUCAUCGCUUUUGGAGGGGACUCCCUCCCAGUCUAGACAGCGUGGAUGCUGUUUAUGAGAGACCAGGGGAUCACAAAAUAGUGUUUUUUAAAGGUCUUAAGUAUUGGGUUUUUAAAGACAAUAAUGUAGAGGAGGGUUACCCUCGUCCAAUCAGUGACUUUGGCCUUCCAGUGGAAAGAGUGGAUGCAGCCUUUGUGUGGCUACACAACGACAAAACCUACUUCUUUAAGGAUAGCAGCUAUUGGCGCUACGAUGACCACCUCCGACGUAUGGACCUGGGUUACCCUAAAGAUAGCGCGCUGUGGAAGGGGCUGCCACCACACCUGGAUGAUGCCAUGAGGUGGUCUGACGGUUCGUCCUAUUUCUUUAAGGGGAAGGAGUAUUGGCGAGUGCCUGGGAGUGACAUGGAGGUAGAGGUAGGAUAUCCCCACCUCAUUGCGAAGGACUGGCUGCUCUGCACUGAGAUGCAGUCGGACUCUCCAGACACGGAGACCAAAAGCACUGAGACGAGAGUCAACGUGCACCGCCACCCAGACCAUGCAGAGAACGGAUACGAGGUGUGCUCCUGCACUUCUGACACUGCAUCACCUUUAGGUGCCCGUCCCUCCCCAUCUGCAGUCUGGCUGCUGCCACCUCUCUGGACACUUGCAUUGGCUCUCCGCUCUGAACUGCUAUGAUGCUAAAGCAUGGGACUGAUUUCUCAAACUGGGAGAAAGACCCUCUGUGAAGGGCAAGUGGAUGCUGAGCCAAAACAAGCUGGAAUAAUUUGUUCAUAUAAAUAUUAAUUGGUAUUAUUUUUGCUGUUAUUUAUUUCACAUGCCAUUUAAUGGUCUCUAAAAGCGCCUUGUAUUAUGGGUACUUCAGACAGUUAUCAUCCUAUCAGUCUCAAAAACACCUGGUAGAAUCAGUUCAUUGACUAAUGCUGUGCUUUACAAACACAACUUAUAUCUCUUACUUUUUGAAUGGCUACACUGCUUCAUUGUUAUUUGGGGUGCUAAAUGAUUAGCACUGUUUAAACACAUAUUUAAUCUGGAAAUGGGCACUGACACAGUAAUUGGUAUUUUAGCUUAUCACCAAACCAUAUUAAAGUUAUGAAUUGUAUGAACAUGAGCUUUGAGUGCAAAUUCUCGACUUAAAAUGAAGAGAUUUCACAUCCAAACUGAUAUUUUUUUUUUUUAUGAAUGUUUUUGUUUUGUUUAGUUUUUUUUAUAAUUAGACAAAUUAACAUGUCUCUAAAUAAAAUGUUUAUUUUUAAUAGGUUGUGAAGAAUCUUUUACAGAAAGCAACUGAAGUCUGGAGCCCAUCAACCUGUGGGUGUUUGCUCCUCUGUGAUGCUUUGCCAGGCCUUUCCUGCAGCUCUCUUCAGGUGUUUGUGGGUCUUGUCUGUCAUUAAGCUUGUUACAUACUUCAUGAGAAGCAAGAACUCUGUUCCCGUUCUUGAGGCUGCAAGAACAAGAACAAAGUUUGUAUUUGUCUGGUCAUUUCAUACUCCAAGAAAACCUUCGUCCAUGACGGGGUGAGGAUUACUGCUCGGGGGACGUCUGUUUUUUUAUGUGCAAUGAACAGCUGAUCGGGUUAUUUCUUAUUUUACAAACGUUUGUCCGUGUGCAUGUGGCAGUCUUUAAAUCCCACAUGUAUACGUUUUUGUACUUUCUCACCACCUCAAUCAGCUGUUCAUUAAAACUAUCCAUUCAACCUCGCAUCAAGGGAAAUGUGGAGGCCACAACUUUCCACUUCAUUUUUUCCGUUAACAACGCCAACUUCAAAUGUCCGACCAAUCUCAUAAUACUUCUCGGAGCCAAACGAGAAAAAGUUCUACUCGGUUAAUGUGUCAAGAACAAGCUGUCCCCAUUCACGUCCUCGAGAACAAGAAAAAAGUUCUUGCUUCUCAUAGAGUAUGCAACAGCCUUGAGUCUUGUCUUCAGCAAGCGAAAUGCAACCUGAUGAGGCUUGAAAUCAAGGGAUUGACUCAACCACUAAUAUCACCUGGUUAUUGUCUUUCUAUAUCAUGAUGCACCAUCCAAUCGGUUGAGCUGCAUUUGGUUGAAUGUAAACAGAUUAAAUAUGCAGAUGUACUUCAAAAUCUUCUGUCACAUCAUCAAUAAACACCAGUAACUCAUUGCCAUCGGAAACCAUUCAUGCCUGUGCCAGGGGUUAAAUUGGGAAUAGGCUGUCUCUCGGGAAUCCAGCUGGUGCUGGAUCAUGUGUCAUUAAGCAAUAAACCUUCCUCAUGAUUUUUAGUUGUGAAUAAUUAAAACCAUGUUUUGAACAAUUAAGAUAAAGAAACUCCCUUGUGAUUCAUUUCCUGCUGUGAAAUACCAGAUUGAUCUGAUUAGAUCUCUAGUGAUUGAAAUUCCUAGAGCACUGCGCUGAUACACCACGUUGUUUUUCCCCCCUUGAUGCUGUCACUUGUCAGUCAGUCUGAGUCAGUUACAGGGAUGACAGGAAAAUAACAGCAGGGAUGUGGUGUUAUUGAAAAACAGAGCUUCACCUAGUAAGUAGUUAACUGUCACCACUUAGAAAGGAGAAGAGAGCUCAGCUAGCAACAGACGUCUUACAGGUUAAUGUUAAAGUUAACAUAAAGCAAGCAGGAUCACUAAUAUUGAAAAUGAACCAGCUUUUGUCUUUAUCUGCUCAGAGGCGGACCUAGAAAUAUUUUGAUGAGGGGGGCAUGAAGGCACAGAAUGGAGAAAGGAUAACAAAUAUGAAUUAGUAAAUAAUUAGUAAAUGGGGGUGGGGGUAAGUAAAAUGAUUAUCAAAAUAAAAUAUAAAGCAAAUUUCGUGAAAGUAAACAGCCAAUGGUAUUUUUUCAGUCGGUCGUUUACUUAGAAAAAUACUUAGAAGAAAAACUUUGAACCAAAUCACAUGGAUUUUCAGACAAUUAACUUUCCACAGUUGGUGAGAUAAUUUGUUUUGAAUGUUGGAUAGUCGGAUUUUAGGGCUGAUUUGUGAUGUUAGUAUCACUGAACGCUUAAUAUCUACAUAAAAAAUAAUUAUGUCAUCAUCUUUUUUAGUAUUGUAAUUAGAGCCAAAUAUUUACUUUAUGAAAAAGUCUUUACAUGGUAGGUAAUGUGCAUACGCCGCCUUUCCCACUUAACAAAUCCCAGUUUAGCCCCUGGCCUGCUGUGAUGGUUCAGAUAAUGAGCUGUUCCCAACCCAACAAGUUUCACCUUUCUAGUUUCUAUCUUUCUAUCUGAAUGUUGUUUCACAUCUCUUCAGAGUUUUUAAGAUUUUUGUUUUUUUUUUUGUUUUUUUUUACAAAGUCCUUUCAACCUUUCUAUUCUCAACACUUGUAAAUGGCUUGGACCCUGUGGGGAACCCUCUCCAUUUGCUUUUUGUGAGGUUUUCUGUUUCUGGUAGACUUGGAUAUCAAUAGAAGGAGGAUUUUCUUUAUGGCCUUUCUGCAGACAUCCCAGUUUUGUCAUGUUACCAAAGUCAUCUUCUUUAUUUAUUUCUAUUUUCUUUCUCAAAACAUACAAAAAUGUUUAUUUGAUGUUCAUCCACUGACAGUUUUGAGUCUAUAGAUGGUACUUACGCUAAGAGCUUUUUUGACCAUAUGUCAUGUAUUCACAGCAAAACCACACAUCUCCAGACUUUUUACUUCCUUUAGUAAAGAAAAUCACCAAAAAAUAGCCCAAAACUUUCCAUGAAAAACGUUUUUAGACACGUCUACAUUUUAGCAAACGAAAAAGAGGGUCCUACAAUUUAGAGAAAUGUAAUGCCUAAACUCUGUUAAGUAUUAAUAUUCUUAAAUUAAAGCCCAAUCUGCGUUGAAAGCCCUGAGUCAGGUCAAGUGUACAAAUAGUUUUGGUUCUACAUGCAUGUUCACAUGAAAUGUUAAGAAAACGAGGGAAAAUUAAGUCUUGCUGAGAGUUACAUGAUAACUUGGAUACUUCUUCCAUAUCUGGACAGUAAACAAUUCAGCUGUAACUAAUAUUAACUAUUUCUGGUGGAAAUAUCAAGGGACAGCUUGUGUGUCUCUUCAAAAAUGCCACAUUACUCAUUACAUCAUCCAUACAAAAACAUUAAAGUGUAUAAAGAAGAUAUUUUUCCAUCAAAUUGAGAGUUUUUCAGUCAGAAAUUGGGAUAGAUCCAGAAAGACUCUACAUGACUAACCCUUUUUUUCCCCAUUUAACUCUCAGCAAGAAAGAUGAAGGAUAUCUCCAAAACUUGUCAAAUUAUUGCUUCAAAUAAAGCCAGAAAGCCAAAACUCCCUGCCAGGCUUCAGAUGGCUCUUAGUUUUUGGCCAAGUUAAAAUCACACUUGUGGCCACAGUUGGAGUUUGGGUCCACCAAUCCUACAGGAAGAUACAGGAUAGUUCCAAAGCCACAUGUAGACUCACACCAGGGUAAAAAAUUAUCUUCUGAGUUAUCGUAGGUAGACAUUUGAUUGACACCAUUGUCCCUGUUUUUGCAGACAGGUGCCAAGCACCCUGAGAUGUCGUGUAGACGGAUAGUUAGGUUUACAGAUGCAUAGCCCCAUGGGAGCCUGACAAAAAGACACAUCAAUGGCAUGCUGGAUGAAUGACAUUUAGGCUUGUAAAGAGAAAGACAGGUGACCAAGAAAAUGUCACAAUGGGUGGUAGGAAGUACGAAAAAUGAAUGUUAGACUCUGAGACUCCCACUGAUGCUUACAUCUCACAUCCUUCAACUACUCUCCCACACUCUUUGACAAAGUGAUCCUCACAUAUCCACACAAAUCAUAACUUUCACCAGAUGUUUUCCCUGCCAUUGCCAGAGGUAGUACUGGUUUGUUGUCAUUAUUAUUAUUUUUCUUUUUUUGUAAUAAAUAUGGAUAUAUUGUGAGUCCAAUUUGCUUUGAGAUGACAGCUUAUGGAGCAUUUCCUACACCAGUUUAAGCUCCUAGUGGUGACGUCCGUCGCAGAUUCACAAGGCAGCAACCAGAUUUAUAAUUGUUGCUGGUAUAUUUACCUAAAAUUUAAAUAUAGACACAUAUAUUUGAGUCCAGAUGUUCCACGGUUACUGCAAAGCAAGUGGACUGUGUAUAUUUCAAGCUGUGUUUUCUAAUGUAAAAUAUUUUUAUAGCAAAAAAUAAAGUAUCUGAAUGACUUUA